AUGUCAACCUCAACCUCAACCUCCCGUACCCCCCUCCUCAUCUCCCCCAAAUCCCUCCUCUCAACACCCCCCACCUCCUACAAAGCCCUCGACUGCACCUGGCACAUGCCCUCCCCAACCCCGCGCUCCCCCCGCCCCGAGUAUACCCAAGCCCACCUCCCCAACGCCCGAUUCUUCGACCUGGACGGUGUGUGCGAUACCUCCUCCCCUUACCCACACAUGCUCCCCACCCCCUCUGCAUGGUCUAAAGCGAUGGGGGAACUGGGUAUUGGGAGGGAUGACUGGGUCGUGUGUUAUGAUACGUAUGGAGUCUUUUCGGCGGCGAGGGUGGUGUGGAUGUGUAAGGUCUUCGGGCAUACGAGGGUUAGUUUGUUGGAAGGGGGUUUGGCGGGGUGGAAAGAGGCGAGAGGGGAGGUUGUUAGUGGGGAGGAGAAGGUUGAGAGCGUGGAGUAUGGCCCGUGCGAGAUUGAUGACAAGUUGGUCAAGUCCUUUGAGGAAGUGAGGGAGAACGCACAAAAACAGGAUGGGAGGGCAAAGGUCCUCGACGCUCGUGCGAAAGGAAGAUUUACAGGCGAAGCACCCGAACCCCGACCCGGCCUCUCCUCAGGUCACAUCCCACACUCCAUCUCCCUCCCUUUCCAAUCACUCCUCACCACCCCCUCUUCCUACACAACCUACAAACCGGCAUCAGACCUGAAAGAGACUUUGGAGGGCUUGGGCGUGAAGGAGGGAGACGACGUAAUCAUGUCCUGCGGAACUGGCGUGACAGCAAGUGUGUUGUGGUUGGGACAGAACAUCGCUUUCGGGAGUGAUGGAACUAAGGGUGCGGUGUAUGAUGGCAGUUGGACGGAGUGGGCGCAGCGGGCGAGUGCUGAUGAGGGGUUGAUCGUCAAAGGAGACGCUUAG